AUGGCAGAAACGGAGACUCCGACCGUGGACCAGACGCAUACUGAAAAGUCGGAUCUGGCAAAAGACCUGACUGAGCCCACGGACGAGCGCAAGAUACGAGGUUUCAAGUGGGUUCUCAUCGCAGUAUUGAUACUGUCAAACUUACUCUUCUACGCCGUGGACAAUACGAUUGUUGCCGUGAUACAACCUGCGAUCAUAAAAGCCUUUUCGAACGUCCAAGAUCUGCCAUGGGUCUCUGUCGGCUUUACGCUUCCAGGGUCAGCAUGUGCGCUCAUUCUAGGGAAGCUGUAUGGGGUGUUCGACGCCAAACUCCUAUAUAUUGAGUUCUCGCUGCUAUUCUUGAUCGGCUCAGCUAUUUGCGGCGCCGCGCCGUCAAUGACAGCCAUGAUCUUUGGGCGAGUCAUUGCCGGCCUAGGAGGCACUGGCAUGUAUCUCGGCGCAUUGACCUUGAUCAGCGUUCUCACAACGAAGAAAGAAACGCCCACAUAUAUGGGAUUCUUGUCGCUUGUGUGGGGCUUUGGUACCAUUAUAGGGCCCCUGAUCGGUGGAGCAUUUACUGAUAGUUCUGCAACUUGGAGAUGGGGUUUUUAUAUCAAUGUUGUCGCUGUUGGUGUGAGUAUUCCAGUGUAUAUCACGAUCCUACCCGGAUAUACCCCAGCACCUAGCUCGGACUUCGGCUCGAGGAUCAGAUCAGUAGACUGGUUAGGCGCCAUACUAAGUGCAGGAGCAUUUACGGCAGGUAUCAUGGCAACGAGCUUCGGUGGUACCCUCUAUGAAUGGAGUAGCGGACAGAUCAUCUCGCUUUUCACGGUUUCUGGGCUGUUGUUUGUGGCUUUCUUUGUGCAGCAGCACUUUGCUUUCUUGACAAGCAGUACCUUGAGGCUUUCACCUUUCCACCUACUGAGAAUCAAGGAUGUUUUCAUCUGCUUUGUAUGCCAAACGUCUGUGGCUUUGAUAGUACCUGUCCCUUUGUACUACAUUCCACUAUUCUUGCAGCUCACUCGCGGCGCCUCUGCCAUCGAAGCAGGCGUGAAGCUCUUGCCGCUCAUCUGCACGUGGGUCUUCGCCGGCAUAUGUCAAGGUAAACUCAUGGGAAAGCUAGGAUGGUACCAGCCAUGGUUCCUCCUCGGAAGCGGAAUGAAUCUGAUCAGCGGUGUAUUCAUGUCACGCAUCGACACAGACACAGACUUAGCUACGAUAUAUGGUCUACAGGCAGUAUUAGGUCUCGGUCUAGGCUGCUAUGGACAAGCAGGCUACGCUGUUGUUCAGCAAUUCGUAAAGCAGACUGAGAUGCAUGCAGGCAUAUCUCUCAUGCUUGUCGCUCAGCUUACGGGGACUGUGUUGGGACUCGCAAUAGGAGGCGCAAUUUUCCAAAAUGUAUCAAUUGGUGCGCUUCACCGACUGCUGCCCACCCUGUCUGAGCGCGAAAUCAGUGGUGUGAUUAGCGGUGUGGGCAUUGAUCAGCUGAACGUAGUAACUGCUGAAGUGCAGUCGGAGGUACGAGUGGUUUUGACCAAUGCUUGUAUAGAGACCUUUACAGUGAUAUAUGCCUUUGCUGCACUUGCGUUCCUCGCAGCAUGUUUCUUCACGCCAAAGAAGAUCUUUUAG